AUGCUGACCAAGUUUGAAACGAAAAGCAAUCGUGUCAAGGGCCUUGCCUUCCAUCCCACCCGUCCAUGGAUCCUGGCCAGCUUGCACAAUGGUGCCAUCCAGCUUUGGGACUAUCGCAUGGGCACCCUCAUCGAUCGCUUCGACGAGCAUGAGGGGCCUGUUCGCGGCAUUGAUUUCCAUCGCUCUCAGCCGCUUUUCGUUUCUGGCGGUGAUGAUUACAAGAUCAAAGUCUGGAACUACAAACUCAGGCGAUGCAUCUUUACCCUGAUCGGACACCUCGACUAUAUCAGGACGGUUUAUUUUCAUCAUGAAAGUCCUUGGAUUGUUUCCGCCAGUGAUGAUCAGACAGUCCGCAUCUGGAAUUGGCAGAACAGGAGCUGCUUGGCCGUCUUAACCGGUCACUCUCAUUACUGCAUGUCGGCUAUGUUUUCACCAAAUGAAGAUCUAGUCGUGUCAGCAUCUCUUGAUCAGACAAUUAGAGUUUGGGACAUUUCCUCGCUUCGGCAGAAAUCUGUGAGGCCUUCCGAUGUCAUGGCUCAAGUACGCGGGCAGCUACCAGCUGCCGUUAAUGCUGAUUUAUUUGGGGGGACCGAUGCGGUCGUCAAGUAUGUUCUCGAAGGCCAUACCCGCGGAGUCAACUGGGCUUCCUUUCAUCCCACACUCCCACUCAUUGUCUCGGGUGCUGACGAUCGUCAGGUCAAGUUGUGGCGAAUGUCUGAUACCAAGGCAUGGGAGCUCGACACUUUCCGCGGCCAUCUGAACAAUGUUUCAUGUGCCAUGUUCCACCCGCGAAAGGAACUCGUCAUAACCGACUCUGAGGAUAAGACGAUCCGUGUGUGGGAUCUCAACCGCCGGACUUGCUUGCACACAUUCCGUCGUGACGCGGACCGCUUUUGGAUUCUCACCGCCCACCCGACCAUUAAUCUUAUCGCUGCCGGGCAUGACAGCGGAAUGCUUGUGUUUAAGCUAGAGCGCGAGCGCCCCGCCUACCAGUCCACGGAGCAGACCCUUGUGUAUACAAAGGACCGCUUCCUGCGCAUGCUCGAUUUCAACAACGGCCGUGACAUGCCGCUAGUCGCAGUUCGUCAGGCACCAGCUAGCAUCUUUGACACUGUCGGAGGUAUGGGAGCGAUGGGAGGAGGGUUUGGGGCGUCUUCUUCCUUCUUCGGAGGUGGCGGUGGUUCUAACAGCUCUGCAUUCCAACCUCCAGCUCGGUCCAUGUCGUACAAUCCCGCGGAGCAUGCCGUACUUCUCAGCCAUGAUUCUGAUGGUGGUUCAUACGAGUUGUACACAAACCUGCCUCGUAUGGGAGCUACAGGAGCAGAGACACUCGCAGAGCCGAGAAAGGGUUCAGGGGUUGCUGCUGUGUUCGUUGGAAGAAAUCGCUUUGCCACACUGGAAAAGGGCAAAGAAAUCAUUGUUAGAGACCUCCGCAAUCAGGUCACAAAACGCGUCCCGAUCUCUGUCCCAGGUGCCGAUUGGUUGUUCAGUGCCGGAUCUGGGUACGUGCUCGUGCGAUCGGAUGAGAAGAUCGUGCUCAUGGAUUUGCAGCAGCGAAAGCAGGUCUCUGAAAUCGCGGCUCACGCGAAGUAUGCAGUUUGGUCUGAGGAUGGGAAGCGCGCUGCACUUUUAGGUAAGCACGUUAUCGUAUUGUGCACGUCCAAGCUGGAUCAUCUUGCCACCGUGCACGAAACCAUUCGAGUCAAGUCCGCAGCGUGGGAUGAUUCUGGAGUACUGCUGUACACAACGUUGAACCAUUUGAAGUACUGCUUGCCGAAUGGAGACAAUGGCAUUGUUUCCACGCUACCUCAGCCAAUCUACCUAACUCGUGUACGAGGCCCCGCGGUGUGUUACUUGAACCGAGAAGGCAACCCUGGGAUCCUUCCGAUCGAUCCGACAGAGUAUGCGUUCAAGCUUUUACUUUUGCGCAAGCGAUACGAUGAUGUGAAGAGAAUGAUCUCACAGAAUCGACUUCGCGGGCAAUCCAUCAUUGCAUAUUUACAGAAAAAGGGAUUCCCAGAGGUUGCCCUUCAUUUUGUCAAGGAUGAGAAAACUCGCCUCGCCCUUGCGUUGGAUUCUGGUGCGAUUGAUGUUGCUCUUGAGGCAGCGGAGGUGCUCGGCGAGCCUGAGGCUUUUCAGAGAUUGGCGACAGAAGCUCUGAGCCAGGGCAACCUGGAGAUUUUCGAGCUCUGCUUGCAAAGAACAAAAGACCUGGACAGACUUGCCCUUUUAUAUGUUAUCACAGGAAACCUUGAGAAGCUAUCCAAGGUUGGGAAGAUCGCCGAGUCACGCGGAAAUCUUGCAGCGCGGUUCCAAAUCGCUAUGUACCUGGGCGAUGUCGCAGGGAGAAUCUCUGUACUGAAGGACUGCGGGCAAAUUGCGCUUGCCAAAGUGACGGCGAAAACUCACGGGCUCCACGAUGAGCUUGAGGAAAUGGGCGGUUUGGAUGAGUCUGAUGUAAACCUGGGCCUCAAUGCUGCGGAUAGCCUUUUGAUGGUGCCACCGACCCCAGUCGGCACUGAUGAGAUGGUAUGGCCGCAUCUUCCUGUGGCUCGCGGACUUUUCAGUCGCGAUCCUGGAGCUGAGGGUGACUUUGAGGAACCGACUGGAGACUACUACGAGGACGCUGCGGCGUUUGAGGCAUCAGAAAGAGACGCAACUUGGGAUGACGACCGGCAUGCCACGUCUGCCGCUCCUGUUGAUCCGUUUGCUGUGGGUCUCGGCGGAGAUGAUGGCGGGGCAGCGCAAGGAGACGACGCUUGGGGUGGAGAAUUUGACAUCGAUGAUGGCGAGGUGGAAGAAGACGGAUUUGGGACUGAGGACGCCAACGAAUUUCAGGACGGUUUUGGUGAGUCAGGACGGGGAGCUGCUCGCGGAAACGAAUACUAUGUACCGCCAACUGCUGGUCUGGGGCCUGCUGGACGGUGGACCAAGAGCAGUAGCCUUGCUGGGGAGUAUGCCGCUGCCGGUGCAUUUGAGGAAGCAAUGAAGGUUCUCGCCAAGGAGAUUGGGGCGGGGUCUUUCAGCAAGAUGAAGGAGGCAUUUAUGGGUGCGUACGGUGGGUGUCGCAGUGUGAUUGACGGGUCGCCGUCGAUGCCCGUAACGACUGUGUACAUUCCCCGACCAUCAGCACCAGAGAGUGCUGCGAUGGCUGUGACACUGCCACUUUUGAGAGAACGGUUCCGGAUGGGACAGCAGCGCUUCCAGGGGGCCAAGUUUGCUGAGGCGAUGAAAAUAUUCUCGUCAGUUUUGAGUGCGAUUCCACUGGUUGUAGUAGGAAGCUCAAGAGAAGCGGAAGACGCGAAGACUGCAUUGGGAAUGUGUCGUGAGUAUUUGAUUGGUCUGCAACUGGAAGCAGUUGGGCGGAGUGCCAAGGCAGAAGGAAAUAGUAGUCGACAGAUUGAAGCAGCUGGGUUGUUUACGAAAUGCAGGAUGGCACCGAUCCAUGUACAACUUGCAUUGCGUGCAGCUAUGAAGCAGGCAUUUGACACUCAAAAUCUAAUUCACGCAGCUGGUUUUGCGCGGCGGCUACUGGAACUGUCACCAGCAGCAAAAUUGGCGCAGAAUGCGCGACAGGUGAUGCAAGUUUGCGACCGUAACAUGUCGAACAAGGACGAUAUCCAGUUUGACGAUAAGAAGGAAUUUGUUGUGAACUGUGGUACGAUGAGUGCUUUGUACAGCGGUGAGACUAGCGAGGAGUGCGGUUAUUGCAAGGCAUGCUACGGAGUAGAGUCGAAGGGAAUAAUUUGUAAGAUUUGCGGGAUUGGGUCGAUUGGUGCGCAAUGCAGUGGCCUUCGGGUGUACCGUUGAAGAGGGGAGCAACGAGUGACUAAUAAACAAGUAUGAAGCGGUUUGCGUUGAUGA